AAUUCCUAUUAAACGAGUAACGUUCUCUUUAAUAUCAUCGGGUGUGACACGCAAGUUUCUUCUAAUAAAAGGAUAUUUGAUAUCUGGAUAUUUUCUCUCUCUCUCUCUCUCUCUCUCUCUCUCUCUCUCUCUCUUUCUCUCUCUUUUUUUUUUUGUUCUUUUUUGUUGUUGUUUUCUUCCUAUUUUUUCUUGUAAUUUUCCCUUCGCCGCAUAUCUUACACUUACUCACUCACUCACUCACACACACUCUCUCUUUUUCUUUUUCUUUCUCUUUCUCUCUCUCUCUCUUUAUCUCUAUCUAUCUAUCUAUCUCUCCUUCCUUUCUUCUGUCUUGCCCUCGUCACGACCCGUGACUUCAUACUGAUCAGUGAAAAUAACUUUUCGAGAGAUAUGUGCUUGUACGUAUGUAUUUAUUCGUACUCCUAUGUCCUCGUCACGAGAUAUAUCGUAAACGAUUUAACCUUCAAAAUAUUACGAGGACUCCUUUUAUCGUUUUUAUCAUAAUCGAUCGUGUGUUAUCUAAUAAAAAUUAAGAUAGCAGAGAGGAAAAAAAAGGAAAAAGGAAACAAACAAAAAAAAAAAAAAAAAAGAGAAAAAAGAAAAAAACAAACAAAAAAUAAGAGAUAGAAAGAAAAUAGGAAAGGGAAAAAAAAGUAUAUAUAUAUAUAUAGGUAUAUAUAUAUAUAUAUAUAUAUAUAACGUGUCACUGAUAUCAGAUUUGCCGCUCACGCUAAGUGUAAUAUAUAUGAUGAAAGGGCAUCAUUAGCAUGCUGGAAAAGCGGCGGCUUCAUACUCCUGGUUCGUCACCAUGCACCCUGAUCUUUGUGAUCGCUUUGGCACUUACAGGAUGCAUCUCUUUUUGGUUUCAUAUAGAAAAUUCUGGAUCACCAAUUCCUUAUUCAAACAGUCCAUCGGCACCAGGAUAUUUACUUAUUCUACCUGGAAAUCUAACUCAACUUUCUCAACCUUAUUCGUUGAACCAACUUCCGUCCGAUGACAAAUCCACUUUGAUCGAUAUAAAGGAUUUCAAAUUUACGAUAAAUCAUGAUCCUUGUAACAAAACACAACCAUUGUUGCUUUUGUUGAUCCACUCGGCGCCAGGAAAUUUUCCUAAAAGAAACAUCAUACGGGAAACAUGGGGACAGAAAUCAUCAGACUUGAUAUUGUUGUUUUUUGUUGGACUUUCAGAUAAAUAUCAAAAAAAAUUAGAAAAGGAAAAUAAAAAAUAUAAUGAUAUAAUACAAGGAAAUUUUCUUGAUGCCUAUAGAAACAUGACCUAUAAGCAUGUUAUGGCAUUGAAGUGGGCUACAUAUCAUUGCCCAAGUGCCAAAUAUAUAUUAAAGCUAGACGAUGAUGUUUUUGUUCAUAUGCCUGCUAUGCUGGACUUUCUAACGCAUGAUCUCUCACCAUUAGGUGCUAGACGUUUGAUUCUAUGCGAUCUUAAAUCAAUGGCUGCAGUUAAAAGAUCGUGGCGAUCAAAAUGGAGAGUUUCUCCGCUAGAGUAUCCUGAUAAAAUUUAUCCAGCGUAUUGUGCUGGAUGGGCUAUUUUAUAUUCUCCUGACAUUGUAUUUAUCUUGUAUCGUGAAGCUCAAAAAGAACCAUAUUUCUGGAUCGACGAUGUUCAUAUUACUGGAAUUUUGGCAAAAAAAUUAAAUAUUACACAAUCUUCUUUAGAUUCUUUGGUACUUACGCUUGAGAAUAUGCAGGAGUUAUUACAAAAUUCUUAUGUUCAAAAAGAUUUUUUAUUUGGACCACCUAAUUUAAAGGAGAAAGAGAUAAGAGCCUUAUAUAGUUUGAUUAAUACUAAGUCACGGCUUACCAAUGAAAGCCUACUCAAUUAAUACAUAAUACAAAUUUUUCAUUUAUUCAAUGUUUCGAUUGAUUACAUUGCCCAAGAAAAUACAUUCCAGGAAAUAAUACAGGCAUAUGGAGAGUAUGCAUUAUCAAGGACACAAGUGUGUCAGAUGGCAUAAUGCAUUUUUAGAAUAUUGAGAAUGUAUGGAAGACGAAACAUGUAUAAACGACAUACAAAGAGUCUUGACAGAUCAGUUGAAUGCGAUAACGCUAUGCAAUCUUCAACAAUGUUACAAAGAAUAGGACAAGAGCCUUUAAUGAUGUAUAACCUUCGAAGUGAACUACUUUGAAGGUAAUAAUGUUUUGUAAAUUCCUUUCAAAUAUAGUAUUUUCUGAUAACAAUCUUAUUACUUCGUAUAAAGCUAUUAAUAUCAGUAUUUUGAAAAGAAAAUCUAAUGUUGUGAAAUCGAUGGGAUUUUUUAAAUCAGCAUCUUAAAUAUAAGAAUAGGUUUAACAUUUUAAGUAUCAAAGUAUGGAUUGGGCAGUGUUAUUGAUAAAGAAGCAUAAUUUAUAAUAAAUGUUUAUUUGCACAAUGUAAAGAAGUCAUAAUGAUAAGAUAUUUUAUAUGUGGUUUUUAAGUCUUUCCAUUUAUUUAUGACAUAGGUACAAGAAUUGUUAAGUACGCUUGUCAAAGACUUUUAAUCAAUAUAAAGAAAAGACAGCGGAUAUUGUGAAUUUUUUAAAAUGCUGUCUUACUUUUUUUAGAUUGCAUUUACAAAAAAAAAAUGUAG